ACAAAACAAAGUCAGUAAGGUGCUUCUGGUCAAAUAAAUUUACAUAGGAGCAUAAAUAGUCUUGAAAACUUGCUAAAUGCUAAGGUUUAUUCCGUUGAGAAUAGGGAAGAAUUGGAAAGUUUUGUAGCAUCUCCUGUUGUUAGAAUAUACCAUUAUGGUCCAUCAGCAAAUGACACUUCUAUCUCCUACAUGACUUAUUACAGUAAACUCGAGGAGAUUAAACGCCAGUGCUUAUCAACACUUAACAGGAAGACAGAUGAUCCGCAAAAUAUUCGGAACAUGAAAAAGAUGCUAAUCAGGGUGCAUGCCAAUAUGGUAUUUUGUUUUGAAAGUCUUGGCCUUUGGGGGGUAUUGGAAGCUAGUAGACUUCUUUUGACUGGGGAUUACUGUGAAAGAAAGGAACUAAUAGAAGGGGAUGGAAAUUUCGUUGAUGACUCGUUAUCUGAUAGAUAUCUUGCUCAAGUUGCAGAAGCAUUUGCUUCUGAUUGCAUGGCAGGUGGGUUCUCAUUUGAUUUGUCUUCUGUAGAAGUUUUAAAGGAGCCAUUUUUCUCAAGAAAGCUUUUACGACUAAUUGGAAUUCUUACCUCCUGCAGGUUACAACCAAAUAUGAAGUGCAUAAUUUUUGUAAAUAGGAUAAUUACUGCUAUAUCCUUGUCAAAUAUUUUGCAAAACCUCAGGCUUCUAGCGUCUUGGAAGUGUCAUUUUCUUGUCGGAAUCCACGCUGGGCAGAAGAGUAUGUCACGAAGUACCAUGAAUAACAUUCUUGAAAAGUUCCAAUCUGGAGAGGUAAAAUGUAUAGCAGAGGAGGACGCAUUAUGGAGAAAAACAAUAGUAGCAAAAUAUGACAUGGAUGAUAAAGGUGGCUCACCAGAGAGAGUUCAAGACCAGAUGAGAAAAGCUUGUGGAGAAAGAUUGAUAUAG